CUCAGGGUCAGUCAGGAGGACUCAAUGACACCACUACUGCACCCAUGCUUAUUUUGUAUCCAUUCAUCAAAUUAGCUGUAUAUCGGUGUGAUAUAUAACUUGAAAGGCUGUUCAUCUAUAUUUACAUUACACUUGGAUUAAGUGUCAGUGUGGAGUGGGAACUCUAGGACUGCUUAUCUUGAGGUCUGUGAUGACUAUGGACAGUGCACUAUGCUGACUAGAGGUAAAGGCUACCCAGAUUGGCUGCCAUGAUCAGCACAUCAAGCACUCGUCCGUUCCUGGCGGUUGCGCCUCGCAUUUCUCCAAACAUGGCCACAGACACAGAGGAGGACAGUGAGGAUGAAAUAGAUGAAACCUCUCCUGGCCCAGGGCGUCUGUUCAAUGUGAACAACAGUAACAACAAUGAGGAGGAGGAGAAGAAAAAGAAGAAAAAGGAGAAGAAAGAAAAGAAAGAGAAAAAAGAGAAAAAGAAAGAAAAGAUGAAGCAGAAAGAGCAGGAGGAGAAAGAAAAGGAGGAGAAAGAAAAGGAGGAGAAAGAAAAGGAGGAGAAAGAAAAAAAGGAAAAAGAGGAAAAGGAGAAGAAGGAGAAAGAGAAAAAGGAGGGGCCCAAAGAAGGGUUUUUCAUUAAUCCAGCUGGCAGUCUGUACUACAACUGGCUGUUCAUUAUCACAAUACCAGUCAUGUACAAUUGGACCAUGAUAAUAGCCAGGGCCUGCUUUGAGGAGCUGCAGCAUAAUCACCUAGUCACCUGGAUGAUUCUGGAUUACAUCUCUGAUGUCCUCUACCUGGCUGACAUGGCCUUCAGGACCAGGACAGCCUACCUGGAGCAAGGCCUGCUGGUCAAAGACAAGAAGCUGCUGUUGGAGCGUUAUAUCAGCAGCCUCCAGUUCAAGCUGGACGCCGUCUCCAUGCUGCCCACCGAUGUGUUUUACAUCUACCUGGGGAUCAACUACCCCGAGAUCCGCCUCAACAAGCUCCUCCGAAUCACGCGUAUGAUGGAGUUCUUCACCCGCACCGAGACCAAGACCAACUACACCAACCUCUUCCGCAUCUCCAACCUGGUCAUGUACAUCAUCAUCAUCAUCCACUGGAACGCCUGCCUCUACUACUCCUUCUCUAAGUCCAUCGGCUUCGGCUCUGACCCCUGGGUCUACCCGGACCUGAAUGACCCAGAAGAGCCAGAGUUCGGGGAACUGGGGAGGAAGUACUCCUUCAGCCUCUACUGGUCCACGCUGACGCUGACCACCAUCGGCGAGACGCCAUCACCGGAGCUGGACUCAGAGUUCUUCUUCCAUGUGCUGGACUUCCUUGUGGGUGUGCUUAUCUUCGCCACCCUGGUGGGCAACAUCAGCUCCAUGAUCUCCAACAUCAGCGCCGCGCGGGUCGAGUUUCAGGCACGCAUCGACAACAUCAAGCAGUACAUGCAGAAGUGGAAGGUGGACAAGGAACUGGAGCUGCGAGUCAUCACAUGGUUCGACUACCUGUGGACCAACGACAAGGCUCAGGAUGAAAGGGAGACGCUGCGGUACCUGCCCGACAAGCUCAGGGCCGAAAUCGCCAUUAACGUCCACCUGGAUACUCUCAAGAAGGUCCGCAUCUUCGCUGACUGCGAAGCAGGCCUGCUUAUUGAGCUGGUGCUCAAGUUGCAGCCUCAGGUCUUCAGCCCUGGCGACUACAUCUGUAAGAAGGGUGACAUCGGCCGUGAGAUGUAUAUUGUCAAGGAGGGCAAGCUGGCGGUGGUGGCUGACGAUGGCGUCAAGCAGUUCUGCGUGCUGGGAGACGGCAGCUACUUUGGGGAGAUUAGUAUCCUAGCGAUAAAGGGUUCUAAGGCAGGGAACCGGAGGACGGCCAACAUCCGCAGCAUUGGCUACUCAGAUCUCUUCUGCCUGUCCAAGGAUGACCUGAUGGAGUCAUUGACCGAGUACCCGGAAGCCAAGGGCAUGCUGGAGGAGAAAGGUCGUCAGAUCCUGCUGAAGGACGGCCUGCUGGAACUGGACCCUUCCAAAAUUAUCCCCGAAACGACAGAAAUCGAGGAAAAGGUGAACCGCAUGUACAGCAACCUGGAGUUGAUGCAGACCAAGCUGAAGAAGCUGCUGGGAGACUACAGCACCAGCCAGAGGGCAACGAGGGAACGCAUCGCUGAGAUAGAGAGGCUGACUGGAGAGGUUGUAGCAGAGGAGGACCUAGAUGAGGAGGAGAAGGAGGGAGGGGAGGAGGAGAAGGAGGGAGGGGAGGAGGAGAAAAGGGGAGAGGAGGAGGAGAAAAAGGAAGGGGAGGCAGAGGAGAAGAAGGAUGAGGAGAAGAAAGAGGAGGAGGAGGAGGAGGAGGAGGAGAAGUAGAGUUUUUGUGAGAUUUAAAAAAAAAAACGUUUUUGUGUGGUCUUAACACAAUUUGAGCUAACUGGAUAUAGACCAUUAGAAAAAUAAAAACUGCUUGAAUUGAAGUCUGCUUGAAUAUUGGUUAAAACAAAAGGCAAUUUUUUUCUGGUUGAAGGGUUUUCAGCUUUUGGGAAAUCUAUGAUUAUUGAAAGCUGAUGUAACAGACUUAUUACACAAUUUUUAUUAAAAUCAUUCAACUACUAGAGGGCACCAGAGGCCAUAAAACCACAUGCAUCACUUUCACACGGGUCUUUUUUAAAUGUUUGGACCCCAUGUGUAACACACAAAUUGACCACAUAAAGAAAGUAUAUGAUAUGAAUUGGCAAACUGCCAGUCGGAAAGCAAUAUAUAUACUGCCCAAGCUUGACUAUUGUGCUGUGGUUAACCCUCAAACUACUCAAACUACUAUCAAUAUUUUUUAGCAUAGCCCAAAGUUAGUUUAUUAAAUUCUUCAAAUGUUUCAUGACUUUGUCAAUCAAUGUUUUUUUUAAUACAUCAAUAUCAUUGGUUAGUGUUUCUGUAUCAAUAUGGACUUUAAAAAAAGGCAAGUAUUUUGGGGUAAUUUCGACCCCAGCCAAAAACAACUAAUUCCACCUAUCGUAAUUUGAUAGAUAGGACCUUGUUUGGAAUCUAGGUUUAUCUAUAGAUAUAAUAACAAGUUAUCAAUAACACCAGAGGUUGGAGGGGGACCUGUAUCAGUGAUUUUUAACAGAUAGACAAAUCAUCUGCAGUGAUGUAGCUCCCCAUGUACUCAUCUAAGAAUGUACUUUUCUACACCACAUAUCGUGUGCAAAACCAAGAUUAUUGUAUUUUUGUGCAUAUUAAAAACUGACAAUGGUAUACGAAGUCUUCAAAUGGUAUAUACUGUAUAAUUGAUAGAACUGCAAUACAGAACUCGAAUGCGCUCUGAAUCUACACAGAGACCUGUAUCGAUGUGUAUUCUCGGAAAACGAGUUAUUCUUGGGCAAAUCUAAAAAGGUAUUUAUUUAAAUCCUGGUUUCUUUGGAGACAUAUUAUUGCGGGGGGGGGUGUAUGUUGGAGUGAUCUCUACCUGAUAGACAGAUCACCUGCAAAGAUGGAGCAUGUUAUGUACUCACCUUUGGUAUGAUCGCAUAAAAAAAUCUAAAUUGCCUUCGAUAUAUGCUUAGAUGCAGUAAAAACAGCUCAUAAAAGUCUGUCAAUGGCAUAAAUACUUGGUAGAACUGUGAACUGUGCUGAACUGUGCUGUAUUGGUGUGUAUUCAUCUUAAAUAAGAAGUUACAGGUCUGUGAGAGCCAGACAUCUUGCUUGUUUGUAGGUGACCAAAUACUUAUUUUCCACCGUUUGACCUCUGUCAUUGCCAACAAAGGGUAUAUAACAAAGUAUUGAGAUAAACUUUUGUUAUUGACCAAAUACUUAUUUUCCACCAUAAUUUGCAAAUAAAUUCAUAA